CUGUGGUUUGAUACUUCGUUUUAAAAUGAAAGCGUACAGUAAAUUAUCUAAGUUUUAGAUGUUGGUCCUAUAAACAAGGCAGAAAACUGUCCGAAGUGGGUGUUAUCCACGUGUUUAGAGGUGACUUUUUGUGACAUCCGUAACAGAUAUUAGCGGUUUGCGGUUUGCCUCUGGCUUCGCGAAAUGUGGACUCACAACAUGAGGCAACAACGGUGCAGCAGCAGCAGCUGAGGUGUUUGUCAGCAUCAGCACCUCAGAUAACCGGAAGGAUGCUGUGGCGAGAAGGAAGCGCGUGGAUUCCAUUGUGCUGACGCCGAGUGCGAACAUCUCCGUCCUCAAACCGGACCACGUCCAUUUUUUUGGUUUAAUUUGUCUUUCUUUUUCCUUCGUUGUUCUCUUAUUGUUGUUGUUGUUGUCGUCGCCGUCGCUGACCCGCAUCAACAGCUGCCAUGUUCCCGUCAUGCGUGUCGAAGCCCGCGGACUCCUCCGGAACCCGCAGCUCCAUCGCUAAGCUGCUGCUCGGGGUCUUCGUGGUGUACGCGCUCCACACCGCCUGGCUGCUGUACGGCUUCCUCAACACCAAACCCUGCGACGGCAGCACCGGGGAGCACUGCAUCACCUCCUACCUGACAGCAAGAGCCCGGCUUCAGAUGAGUGUCUUCACCUGCCUUGUGCCAGACAACAGCCAACUCCACCUCGCUGUAAAAAUAGACCCCUUUGACCCAGACUCCACGUUUGAGAGGCAGGUGAAUGUCUCUCUGCCGGAGCGGACCCGCGCUAACGGCACCCUCUUUGCCGUCGUGUACGUUCACAAAGCCGGUGUUUCCCCUCUGGAGGACAGCAGAGAAGUUCACUACGCGGCGCAGCUUACCACCUACAUCACUCCCACAUACAGAGAGGGGCAGAGAGACGUGCAGAAGAGGUCAAGUCCCAGAUCAGAGCACACCGUGUCCCACUGGAGGCCUCACCUGGCAAUUACUUUGAUGUCGGAGGACUUCACCUUCAACAGAGCGGGGCUUCCGAGUGAUGUGCGUCGCUACAUGAGAGUCUCUCAGGAAGGCCGACAGAUGAUCUACCUCCCUCUGCUGCUGGUCAACGAGCUCAGCUUCAGAGUCAGAGAUCUCCUGGAGAUCAGCAGCAGCACUGUUCAGCUGCCUCUGACUGUGUCCUACGAGGGAAUCUCUUUAAGGGGAUUCAGAUUCUGGGUGCAUCUACAGGACGUGGUUUAUUCCCUGCGACAGUUUGGCUUCACUGAGGAGAACAUAGAUGAAAUUAAAGAAACUUUGCUGGGCUCCAACCUCUACCUGUUAGUGUUGACUGCACUCAUCACAGCUCUACAACUCAUCUGUGAAUUCUUGGCUCUUAAAAAUGACUUCAGCUCAUGGAGAAAAAAGAAGAGCAUGAUGGGAAUGUCCAGAAAGUCAGUUCAGUGGCGUUGUCUCAGCACUCUGCUGAUCUUCCUCCACCUGCUGCAGGAGACCAGUUUACUGGUGCUGCUCCCUGUUGGACUGGGAGCAUGUGUAGAGGUUUGGAAGGUGUUUACAGUGUUUAAGAUCCAGUUUCAAUGGAAAAGCUCCAAGCUGCAUGUAAAUAAGCUAGAUGAGGAAGAAAGAAAGACAGUGGAGUACGACUCACAGGCGUCCAGAUACUUGUCCUACUUGGUCUACCCUCUAUGCAUCAGUGGAGCUAUUUUCUCUCUGGCCUACUUUCGCCAAAAGAGUUACUACUCCUGGUUGGUCAACACACUAGUUACAGGAGUGUAUGCCUUCGGCUUCCUGUCUAUGGCCCCACAGCUAUUCAUCAACCACAAGUUGAAGUCAGUGUGCCACCUGCAGGGGACAGUGCUGCUGUAUAGAGGCGUAAACACGCUGAUCUCAGACCUGUGCUCCUGUGCCUCGUUUUUCUCCUCGUCUGGAUCUUUCUCUUCCUCUCAUCAACUAUCCUGCUUCAGAGAUGAGAUCCUCUUCUUCCUCUACCUCUAUCAGCGAAGGCGUUAUGCCCACAAGUCCAGGAGGCGAGAGUCUGGGACCCACGGCAAGAAACUAAAGACUCAAUGAGGAGAAAACAAAGGCCUCUCCUUUCCCUUUUUCACAGAUGAAUGCACAACACACACAAAAGCAAGGUAGAAGAGGUGAGGCUCGGGCAGGACGCUGGUCCACGUUUUCCACAGCAGCUUCAAACUGAUUCAGGAUGAUGUUGGUGCACACUAUUAAAUCGAAUCGAACCACAAAUAUGCGCAACAUAAAGUAUUUGUUCUAUUUGGAGUCUUUGUGAUCGGGGCUAGAAUUUAAAAUGAUGUUUAUGGUUUGAACAUUGCAUGGCUUUGCAUCAAAAGUGUGUAACAUUAGACAUACAAGUGCAACCUGGCCCCAGACAGUUGUGAGAAGAUCAAAACAACAUGAAGCAUUUUAUACUCUCCAUCGAGAAUAUAUACAAUAAACCACUUAUGCUGAAGGUGGCUGAGGUGCUAGUCUGAUCCGGUCGUACAUCUCGUCUGUUGGGUCCAUUUAAUGUCAGGGGUAUCCAGAAUUUUGUUAGAUAAGUAGUUCCUUUUGCGUUUUGUCAUCCCUAAUGUACACGUUUUGUGUAUUGCAUAUAGAUUUAGUGCCACUGUGCUGUAUAAUUAUUUUCUUAAGGUUGACUUUGCAAUGUUAAAAUAUAAAAAGAGCACACUAUUUACAGCAAGUUUGCUGCAAAUAUCUUGAUGGCAUGUGUCUAUGAAAUCCCUGCAAUGCAUUUUGAUAACAUAGAAUAUACCUGUAUAAUAAAUUAUUGAUUUGUUCUCCUUUA